GCAGCAGCAGCACCUCAGAAGCCCAUCCCCUAGCGUUCGUCCCGGGAAUGCGCCUUGUAUGCGCAUGGGCGGAGAAACUGCCGCUGUGCGCUGUUAUUAUAGUAGAGUAAUUUCUUUUUUUUUUUACGAAAAUGGCGACUAGUCAGGGAAGUGUGGGAGCUGGCGCGGCACUACACAGCUACCAGCACACGGGUGCACCUCACUGGAGCCCGGGCAUCAGCCAGUUUCAGCAGCAGCACCAGCAGCAGCAGCAUCUUCAGCAGCAGCAGCACCACACGGCCCGCAGCCUGGACCGGGCUCUGGAUGAUGCCGUGUGCUCGGGGAUACUGAACCUGAGCGGGAGGAAGCUGAGAGAGUACCCGGGUGUGAGCUACGAUCUGACGGAUACAACACAAGCAGAUUUAUCCAAGAAUCGCCUCACGGAAAUCCCUCCAGAAGUGUGUCUGUUCGCUCCCCUCGAGUCACUCAACCUUUACCAUAAUUGCAUCAAGUGCAUCCCAGAAGCUAUCAUCAAUCUACAGAUGCUGACCUAUCUUGACGUGAGUCGGAACCUCCUGUCAGUUUUGCCAAAAUACCUGUUCAGCCUCCCCCUUAAAGUCCUCCUUGUGAGCAACAACAAGCUUGUGUCCAUCCCUGAAGAGAUCGGCAAAGCCAAAGAGUUGAUGGAGCUGGACGUGAGCUGUAAUGAGAUCGAGGUGCUGCCAGCUCAGGUCGGGAGGCUCCAAGCCUUACGAGAACUCAACAUCAGGAAGAACUGCAUUCACAUACUGCCUGAGGAGUUGGCUGACCUGCCUCUCAUCCGACUUGAUUUCUCCUGCAAUAAGAUCACAGAGAUUCCUCCAGCCUACAGGAAGCUCAGGCAGCUGCAGCACAUCAUCCUCGACAACAAUCCUAUGCAGUCUCCACCCGCACAGAUUUGUCUCAAGGGCAAAGUGCACAUAUUCAAGUAUCUGAACAUCCAGGCGUGUAGGACGGACAAGAAACCGGACACCCUGGAUCUUCCUUCCCUCGGCAAACGCUGCCUUCCACAGCCACUCACAGACAGCAUGGAAGAUUUUUAUCCCAGUAAGAACCAUGGGCCUGACUCUGGAAUCGGUAGCGACAAUGGUGACAAGAGGCUCUCUACAACAGAGCCUUCAGACGACGACACCAUCAGCCUGCACUCGCAGGUUUCAGAGACAGCCCGUGCUGACGCCCUAUCACUUCUCUCUAAAAUGGACUCUUGCAAAGAUCAGGAUCUCUAUGACUUUAUAGAGCCCAACCCCGACGAGGAUCCUGCUCUGUCAGAGUGUGACGGGCAGCAGAGCAGUCAUGUGUCUUGUAUAAAGGAACUGGAGAAAGUUCUUCACAUGUCUCAGCUAAACAGAGAUAAAGACGGCUGGAAAGAGGAGUCAGGUUCUGACAAGGAGCAGCUUGCUGAGGAAGAGGAGGAUGAGCUGAAGGAAGUGCUGGAUCUGAGGAAGAUUGCUGUUCAGCUCUUGCAGCAGGAGCAGCAGAAUAGACGGCGAUCCUUAAUUUGCAGAGCAGAGAGUCUUAUUCACCGACGGAGAGUAACCGGGCGGGCACACAGGUUCCUAAGUCACUCUGGAAGCUCUAGCAACAAACCGAGGCCUCCGCCACAGACGGCUCGAAGUGCUUCUCUCGAUGAAGGAAGUAGUGGAGCGUCUGUGCUGAGUGGACAGCCCUCGUCUUCCUGCUCCUUUGAUGGCAGCCUAAGGACAGAUGAGUCAGAGCCAAAGUGGCCAGAGGUUCCACCCAUCCUUAAUCAGAAUGAAGAUCGCAGGAGGAGCAAGUACCUGAGAAAAGAUUAUCUAAAGUACAAAUGUCAGAGCUCUCGGAAAAACUCCAGCGGAAAUGACGACUGUGAGGAAGGCUUAAGAAACGUUGAUUUCAGCACAACUCUGACAGUGUUUGGACUAAAGCCACGAUCAGCCUUCACCAGAGGAAGCCGUCAGGAUUUCAACUCGACAGACCCCAGCUUCACCAUGAGGAGGAAGAUGGAGCACCUGAGAGAGGAACUGGAGCAGAUAGGCCUCUUACGCCAGAAUAUUGAGUCCAGACUGGAGGUGUUGCUCCCAGAUGACGUCGGAGCUGCUCUCAUGGACGGCGUUGUCCUUUGCCAUUUAGCCAAUCACAUCUGUCCUCGCUCUGUUGCCAGCAUCCAUGUACCGUCGCCUGCGGUGCCAAAGCUCAGCAUGGCCAAAUGCCGUAGGAAUGUAGAGAACUUCUUGGACGCCUGUAAGAAGAUGGGUGUUCCACAGGACAAGCUUUGUCUUCCCCAUCACAUCCUAGAAGAGCGCGGCCUGGUGACGGUGGGUGUGACCGUCCAGGCUCUACUGGAUCUGCCCACACAGCUGCCGGCUGUUUGACACAAACCUCAAUGCUGCAGACAACCACACACACACACACACACACACACACACACACACACACACACACACACACACACACACAGCCCAAACCCCAGGGACCAGAGAGCCCCUCAGGUUGAGGACCCAGUGGAUUUUCUUCCUGACUGAAACAGGAGACAUGAAGCUGAAGAAGCUCUGUCUUCUCAUAUGAUGUCAGUCUCCGCCCACUUCCUAUCCAUCACAUUUUUCAUUUGAGUCCUUUUCUAGUUACUGGAGUCAUCCUGUGUGUGUGUGUGUGUGUGCGUGUGUGUCACUUGUUCAGACCUACGCUGCCUCAAGGGCCUCAUACUGUAAACCCAAACCACUGCCGGGCGCCAAGUGGUCCUUGAGUUCUUUUCUUUUUGUGUGCGGUACAGUACGUGUGUAAUAAAUUUUUUUUUUUUAAUUUAAAGCUGUAGUGCAUUACAUUCAUGUGUAAACACAAGUCUGUUGCUUUCAAACCACUGUCAAGUCAGCUCUCUCCACGCUUCUCAGUAUAAUGGCGCACAGCAUGGAUCGACUCUACUCCAUGUAAGCUUUAAGCUUCCAUACAGCUACUUUCAGAAGUAGUUUCUACGAAAUACGACUAAAAAAAUAAACUUUGGCGGAUGAAUCGAAUGCUAACCACAAUUUGAUUGCUCGCAGAAGUGACUGUACUGUAUUGAAUAGCUGCUUCUGUUUCCUUCACCACGCAGCUCCAAUUAGUCUGGGCAAGUCAGGCUGCGUUUAAAGAGAGACUUACCACGGUCAACUUGAUGGAAUACCAUAGAAGCAUACAUCAGACAUAGACAGCACUGCUUCUUUCUUUCUUUCGUCUGUGCAUGUGUGAGAGAACACAGAGUAAACAGAGGCCACAGACUGUGUUCGUAAUUACUCAGAAGUCCACACGGGGGGAGGGAUAGAUGAGAUGAGACACUCGAGCCAAGUGCCAAGUGUGCCAAGUAUUACAUUUCAGCCACGGCGUCUCCUCCGCUUUUCUAGAGGGAAGUGACACAUCAGUUGACCGUCUGCCCGUUUUCCAACACGGGUGUGUGAUUUAAAAUACUCUACCCACGCACUAGGAGGAGUGACAUUCAAACCACUGUGACGACAUGUUUGGCUGUUUUUUAGACGACAGUAAGUUUUCCUUUAUCUUGUUAACCAGAUUCGACGCGUGUCAUCCGCCUUCCUCAGAACUCUCACGUGAUGUCGGGGUGACGUGCCUUAUCACGACAGCAGGAGGCGCUCUCGAUCCGUCAAAUCUGACUGGAAGAUCGCGCCUCCGUAACCGCUGCUGAUAAGGCACAUCACCUCAGAUGAGUUAUGUGUUUUGGGCUCAGUGCUGCUUCAAGGAAAACACUCUUCCACACAUGGGAUGGUGUUAUCUUAAUGUCCAGCUCUGCUGUAUUGUGAUUCGGAUACGAUUUAUUGUUUCAGGGAAAUAUUUAUUUAUUUAUUCAGGGGUUUUUUUUCACCUUGAUUCUUUGUUUUUUCUGUGUAGGUUUUUAAGUUGAUCGAGAGUAAAGAGUAAAACUUGCCAGUAGAGGUGAGAACAAUGUUGACAGGAUAAAUAUGGAGAGGUGGCAUGAUCUGAUCUGUACAGGUUUGUAAACUGAAAAUGCAACAUUUGAGCUUUUUUAUGCGUCCAUUUUAUUAUUUAUUCCUUCACACUCAAUGAAACGUUUGGUGUUUUAAUGCAACGCAUCGUUUCUGUGCAGGACAGUGGCUGAAACUUCGUUUCUCACACACAUGACUGUGUUUGAAGAGAAGCUGAGUGUCAUGACCUGUAUUUAUAUGACAUCAAUCAAUCAUAAAAUCCAAUGAAGGGACACAUGUGGCUAUGCUACAUGCUUUUCUAAUAAGGCUGAGUUUUUGUUUAAUUGUGUUAAACAGCGCAGAAACAUAAAAUAUUAACUAUUGUGCCUUAAAGAAGAGGUUGUUUUGAUUCGUUACAAUUUGGGUCAACAUAGGUUAUUUAUAAAAAGUGGACAAAGUUUUCCUGUUGCAUAACAAACUCCUUUUUUUAAAGCGUCUAGAUUCUCGAUUUGAUGUGUGACAUGUGAACGGGAAGUUCCCAGACGUCACCUGCUCUUAUUGGACCACACGUUGGACACUUUAUCGUCUUAUUUUCCUCUAAAUGGUAGCAUAAUGUACAAAAGUGACAUCAUUUGCUGUUGAAGAAGACCUGACACUAGUGAUUCAUACCAUCAACUCUUUAGAAAACGUUUACUUAUGUUCUAAAUCAAGUUAGAAGUAGGCUCGUUUUCCCAUGGAGUUCUUUUUGUAACCAGCAGAGUCGCCCCCUGGUGGCUUCACUGCUGUUUCCAUCCUAUUUCCUGGGCUUCACUUUUCGAACAGGAAGACGAUGUCCAUUUUUAUGUGCAGUCUAGUCCUAGGCCUGUCUCAUGAACAGGAUGCAUCAGGUUCUGAUGUGGUUUACUGACGAGUAUGUGAUGUUUCAUAUCGCCGGUUAGAAAACCCGACCUGAACGUUGCUCGUGAGAACCUCGGCUUCCUUUGCUGUACUGACAGAUAUUUGUUCCAUCCUUAUCCAAAGGUCAGACGCGGCCGAGGUGCAACAUGAUACAGGGCUUCCAGUCUGUUAGGACUCACCGAGUGAUAAAUAUGCAGCAAAUCAGCCCGAGGUCAUGUGUUGCACAUUUUCGCUGAUAGAAAAUGAGGGACGCUGAUGUUGGGCUGCAUGCAGUCACACUCAGGUCAUCCUUUAUUGUCCCGCCUAUCAAACAAGACAGACACCUCUCUAAAAUCACAUAUGAUAGAAAGUAAAUAAAAUACUCUUUACAACCAAGAUACAACACUUGAAAACUCCACGAAGCACCUAAGUCAGCUGGCAUCCUCCUCUGAAAGUGUCCUCACACAACGCUUUGUAUUUGUGUAGCUUUUGUGACGUGGAGAGUUUUCUAUCAUUAAUCCACAUUUUCUUUCAAAUGCAGAUAAAUAAUGACGCUGUCAGGUGAACAGAUAAUCCUUGUAAAAAAAGUGUGGCGCUCGCUAACAUGGAUUUAUAACAAAACGCAGAAGAACAUGCGAGGCACUCGGCCUUUUUGUGGUUCUUACAGACGAAAUCUUCCACAUCAUUCAUGUGAAUUUAUGAGGGCAAAACAAAAGUCAUCUGUUAAUAUUUGUGUUGGGUGUGUUGGGUGUGUUUCUGGUGGACUCGCUGCCCCUGCAUGUUUUAGACGCUUAGACUCCAACACACCUGAUUCAGAUGUUCAGCUCGAUGAAACGUCUCAAACUCAAUUUCCACUUUCAGACCCAGUGAAACUAUGACCUUUUGUUAACAUUUUGACUUUAGACGGUUUCCUAAAGAUGUUCACUCAGUCGUCAGAACAUGGUAACGUCUCCAUCUCUAUCAUGCCACCGGAUCAGUCGAGACAUGGACAACAGAGGUUUUAAAAAAAACAAAUCUCGAUCGGUAUCUCACCUUGUUAUUUCUCCUGAGGCGGAACAACGUUAGUAUCACAUACUAUCACAGUUUUACCUUUGAACCUUUCUGUAAAACAAGAUGAGCAGAUAAACAGCUGAAGUGAAAAUGCUGGGCAGGAAUCUCACCUUGUGGAUGACUUAUUGUGCGUUCUUUGUGCCAUUUUUAUUCCGUUUCCUUCGCUUGUGCUUUUCAUUCGUCACUAUACUUGCUGUGAAUGAACCCAAUGAGCUUCUCCAGCAAACGUGUCGCUGGUGCCGCCACCGUUCGUCUCUGUUAGACAGAUAUCUUCUGCUGGAUCUAGAAAAUGUCAGGAUGUGGGUGUUGUUUUAAAGCCGAUGUGAGAACAGACUAUUAUUAUUUUGUAAAUCGGAGGAAUUUGACAAAGCCUGGGAUCAAGGUUGUGUGUGUUUAUAUUAAGAGGAACAAUGUACAGAUUAUUUUCUUUUUUAAUUAUUAUAAUUUUGCUUUUAUGUGAUACUCCUGUUCAAACACACAUAAACAUGUGAUAAACAUUCACACAGAGUCAAAUUGGCACUUCCUUUUCUGUGGUGGCGCCAAUCUGUGAUUUAUGUGAUGAAAGCUACAUGUGUGACUGUUAAUUUAUUUUAUUGUAUGCCACGAGCAAAUGGCAUAAUGUAAUUUAACAUCUCACCCAAAGAAAACAGUGGACUAGUGAGUCGUGUCUGAAUACUACACUGCCGAGGAGACUCACGUAUACAAGCUUUUGUAUUUUAGGACAAAGUCAAAGUGCAUGCAGAAAUACUGAAAGGCUGAACGUGUACAUAUCAUCUGUAUAAACUCCAGGGUUUUCUUAUAAAACAAACAUGUCAAUAUGAAAUAAAGUCAAGUUCUUUGCA